AUGUGCGCGUUGCAGGAAGCGAAAGCAAAAGAACAGUGCGACCGCCUUGUCCCUAGGUGUUCUCAAUGUGCCGCUGCAAGAGUUGAGUGCAAAGGAUUCAGCAGCGUCGACCAAAAUGUCGACCUCCCGCGCAGUGUCACACAAUUCCUCGAGUCCCAGAUUGCCGCACUCGAGAUCGAGCUUUCAGGGGGCGACAACCCAGCUCAAAAUACACCCUCGUUUGAUGUCGCAGCCAACAGCGCUGCGGAGCUUGUCCCAGCACCACAGCCAAGCGCUAUCGCUAUUGCUCGCUCAAAGCCAGCCUUACCAGUCGACCCCCUGACAGACGAUAUCAUUCAGAGCAUGGAAAUGGCCGCGGCCAUCAGUGCCACCAUUCCAACUGAUCCUGCACUGACCGACCUGGUGUCCCGAGUCCGUAUGGGCCUGACCCCGUCUCUAGUGCUGCCCGCCGUCACCGGAGCUAGCCCUGAGUCACGUCGGGCAGUAGUCUCGACGGGCGUGGAGGAAGAGCGCGUCGAAUGUACAACGCUACUCACAUUACCAGACCAUGUCAUUCAAGCCUUGAUUCACAAAUACGUGGUACAUGUUUUGCCGCUGACCCCAAUAUUCCUUGCCGAGGAUAUCAAUCGACAUCUGGAUGCCGUGCGAGCCAAAUUACGUCAGCAUCAUACCGGAAGACCACCAGAGCGUGUUGAGCCUUCUUUUGAUUUUCUCAUCCUGUCCCUCGUUCUCGCCAUCGCGUCGACAUUGGGUUGUGCCAAAAGCCAGCAUGAGUCUCGCUGCAUUGCCUUCUCCGAGAUAUUGUUUCGGGAGGGGAUCGGGCACCUCUCGACUGGCAUGCCAUUCCCCAACGAAUUGGCUGGUAUUCAAGCCACUCUGUUGAUUUUACAGUAUGCCGAAAUCAACCCGAAAUGCGGCAACAUAUGGAUUCUGAGUGGCGCGGCCAUGAGGUCUUGUGUUGAACUCGGCUUGCAUCGGGAACCCCGCGGCACCAUCAUACAAGGUCAUGACACUGUGAAGCAGAGACGAAGGGUGUUUUGGUCGGCGUACUGUAUGGACCGGAUGGUCUCUCCGGCGUUGCAGAGGCCCUUGUCCAUCCCUGACAGGAGCAUCAACACCUUAUAUCCUACAUCUAUCCCGACCUCGGUUGCUCCGUCAUCCCGUGGAAGUCCCCCAACGGUGAGCGGCCUAGCAACGGUGCGACUAAUCGAGUAUUGUCGCCUUCAGUCCGAGUUGACAGAGGUGCACUUCCAGAGCAAGCCCUUGACUGAGGACUGGGCUGCGUGGGUGGCAGACAUGGAGCGAGCACUGAACCGGUGGUACCGGGAAGGCUCCAAGCCAGAUGACAACGACGAGUUCGCGUAUGCGUACGGUCUCGUCCGAUUGCACCGACCGUCUCCACGCAUGGUUAUGCCACCUAAGCAGAGUCUGGUUGCCGCAUUCGACGCGGCUUGUAAAUCAGCCAAACAUCAACACGAGAACAUCGCAAGCGGGAUAUUCCGGAGAUUGUGGCUCGCCUCGCACCAGACGGCGGAGACUUCCAUGGUGGCAGUUUUCUGUCUGAGACAUGCCUUUGACCAUAUUGUGGCAUCGUAUACGCUGGCUGACCUCUUUGAUAUGACGAAGAGAUUCAUCUCAAACCUGUUGACGUUAGCAGCACAGGGAUGGGGUGAGAUUGCCACAUUUGCAGCCACAGUUGAUCGCCUGCUGUCACCUCUGAUCAAUGCUGCCAUGAAGAAGGACCCUCUAUCGCUGUUGUCAUACCCCCAAGACAUGGACGAUGAACUGGACAACUUCUUGAUACCCAAGGCUUCUUCGCAGGAUGCUUUCCGUCCAGUCGCGUUCCCGACGCAUCUCCCACCCUUCGAUAUGAACAUGGAUCUUGAUUUCUUCGAUCCGAAUGACCUGUUCCAGGACACGUUUGCAGAUAUCGAUGAUCAGCAGCACUGGGGUUCGAUAGACUUUGCAGGGACAGACCCGUGGCCGCCGGAUCUUGUGGUUCCUGAGCAUACUCCACAAUCGCCUGAUGAGAUUCAAGUUGGUUGCUAG